AUGGGUGGUUUAUUAAGAGAAGCAUUUAAUGUUGAUAUUCCACGCUCUCUUUUUGAAUCCCAUAACAUGCACGAAGAGGAGACUUCAUAUGAUAUGCAUGAAGGGGGUAGUUCAUAUGAUAUGCACAAAGAUUUUGAUUUUCGUUGUGAUGUAGAUAAUGUAAAUCCAUCUACUUACUCUAGUGAAGAGGAUCUCAAGUAUAAAAGACUAAUGGAAGCUUCUUAUGAGGGUUUAUAUGAGGGGUGUACCACUUUUUCAAAGUUAUCAUUUCUUUUGCACUUGUUUCACCUAAAGAGUAUGUUCCAUUGGUCUGCUGAAUCAUUCACUAAAUUGCUUGAACUUUUAGUUGAUGCAUUUCCUCAAAUCAACGAGUUUCCAUCGUCUUACUAUGAGGGCAUGAAGAUAAUUAAGGACUUGAGAUUAGGGUAUGAGAAAAUUGAUGCAUGUCAAAAUUAUUGCAUGUUAUAUUGGGGCAAAUUCGCUGAAAAAAGUGAGUGUCAUGUUUGUCAUACAUCAAGGUGGAAAACUGUAAAAGGGAAGGAAGGCCAUACAAGUGAGAGAGGUAAAGAAUCGUGUAAAAAGGGUGAGUCAGCUAAAGUAUUGCGAUAUUUUCCUCUUAUCCCUAGAUUAAAAAGAUUUUAUAUGUCAUCUAAAACAACAAAGGAUAUGAGUUGGCAUUUUGGUCGAAAGGACAAUAAGGUUUUAAGGCACCCAGCAGAUGGUGAAGCUUGGAAAUUUUUUGAUGAAAUAUAUCAAGAAUUUGUUGCUGAUCCUCGUAGUGUUAGGUUAGGUCUAGCAAGUGAUGGUUUCAAUCCAUAUCUUCUUAUGAAUACUAAUUAUAGUAUUUGGCCCGUGGUUUUAAUUCCUUAUAAUUUACCACCAUGGAAUUGUAUGAAGCCAACAUCAUUUAUUUUGUCCUUGAUUGUUCCUGGUAAAUAUAGUCCUGAUAUUGAUAUUGAUGUGUAUUUGCAACCAUUAAUCCAUGAGUUAAAGUUGUUGUGGAAUGGUGUUGAUACCUUUGAUGCAUAUAGUGGGGAAAACUUUAAAAUGCGAGCAGCCUUACACUCUCCUAUAAAUGACUUUCCUGCAUACGCUAUGUUAUCUGGUUGGAGUACCAGAGGCUAUAAAGCUUGUCCUUCGUGUGCCCAUUCCACUGACUCAUAUAAUUUUGGUGGUAAAAUUUGCUACCCUGGACAUCGAAAAUGGUUGCCACUUGAUCAUACUUAUCGUUCCCAAGCCCAUUUAUUUGACAGGACAGUGGAAUACGAUGUUGCUCCAGUUCCUAUAAGUGGGAAAGACAUUUUGAAGAAACAAGAAAGGAUUAAAUAUGUCUAUGGAAAGUAA